AUGUCCACGACUAUAUUCCUGGGCAUUCCCCGGGUAUCGAAAGCGAAGGAGCCGUUAUCAACAGAGCCCGCAAAGAAGGGGACGGAAGAAGUUACCGAGCUGCACGAGUCGCCAUACACCCUCCCCAAUGCGUUGACAUUGGCGCGUAUCGCGGCAUGCCCCUUCCUCGGGUACGCGAUCGUCGAGGGCCACUUUGAGCUUGCAACUGGUAUCCUUGUUGUUGGAGGCUUCACAGAUUGGCUUGACGGCUUCCUUGCCCGGCGGUGGAACCAGAAGUCUGUGCUGGGCUCCAUCCUCGACCCCAUGGCCGACAAGGCGCUCAUGACCACGCUGGUCGUGACAUUGACCUACAAGGGUCUUCUCCCUCUCCCCCUCGCGGUCAUCAUCUUCGGGCGCGACCUUGCUCUUUCGUUGUGGGCGUUCUACCUUCGCUACCAGUCGAUUCCUCCACCACGCACUCUAAAACGCUACUUUGACGUCUCAAUGCCCUCAGCAGAGGUCCAGCCGACUCAGAUCAGCAAGAUCAACACGGCUCUCCAGCUACUCCUCAUGGGCAUCACAACGAUCUCUCCAAUGGUCACGGCGUUCCCCAUGGACGGCAUUCUCCAGGCCUUGCAAUGGACUGUGGCCGUCACCACGAUUUGGAGCGGCUUUAGCUACGUUGGAGCGUCAGGAUACAAGUUCUUGAAGCCUCCAGGAGCGAAGAAGAAGCUGUAGCAUGCAUGCAUAGAGGGAUACAUAGAG